CAUGCGGCGCACAUGCAUUUUACGGUUGCUCCAGAAAUUCACGCCAAACCGAAGACGUACCUUCCCUCACGAGACUAUGACGUGUUUGCGGGAAGGUGGAAUGAAAUCUACGGAAACAACCUAGGUGCCCUGGCCAUGUACUGCGUGCUGUUUCCAGAGGACAGGCAGGCCCUGGACACUGCCCUGGACUACAUGGACAGAAUGGCCUCCCUCAAACAGUGGCAAGUCAAAGCCUCCAUGAAGGACGAGGUCCCCGUUGCACAUUCCCUCACAGGCUUUGCCACUGCCUACGACUUCUUAUACGAGCACUUUGAUGACUCGCGCCGGAAAAUAUAUUUCAAAAAAAUUUCUGACGUCACCAAGGAGCUUUAUGAGUUUUCAAAGAUUCGGGGGUGGGGUAAGCAAUACCUACAGAACCAUGUAGCCACAAACUACUUGGCUUUACUGACAGGGAGUCUUGUACUUGAAGUAGACGACCCCAAGGCAUCAGUCUGGAAGGAGAGAGCCAUCAAUAAGAUUGAGGAGACCAUGUUUGUUCUAAAUCAUGUCGUCGAUGGUUCCUUGGAUGAAGGGGUUGCAUAUGGGAGCUACACGUCACGGUCUGUAACGCAAUACGUAUACCUCACCCUCAGACACUUUGACAUUAAUCAUUUGGAUAACUUUUGGUUGAAAGAGCAUUUCUGGUUCUAUUACUCCACCAUGUUGCCAGGAUACCAGAGGACCAUUGGUGUUGCUGAUUCUAACAGUAAUUGGUUCUAUGGCCCAGAGAGCCAACUGGUGUUCUUGGACAGGUACGUUCUGAGAAAUGGCAGUGGAAACUGGCUUGCAAGGCUGAUCAGGAAGCACCGCCCCACGGAAGGAGCCCUCAGUGCAUCAGCUUCUCAGAGAUGGUGCACAUUGCACACUGAGUUCAUCUGGUACGACCCCUCCCUGGGGGAGUCCCCACCCCAGGGGCACGGCAAAGCCCAGCUGCACACCUUUACAGACUGGGGAGUGGUGACGUACGGGAGUGCACUGCCUGUAGGAGCUGACAGCACGUUUCUAUCCUUCAAGUCAGGAAGUCUGCACGGCAAGGCAGUGUGGAACAUGGUGCACCGCAAGAUGUACCCAGAGAUGGUGACAGGGGGUUGGCAGAACUUCAACCCAGGACACGAACACCCUGACCAAAACUCCUUCGUGUUUGCCCCUGCUGGACAGCUCUUUGUCACAGAGGCGCUAUAUGGACCUAAGCUGACUCACUUGAACAACGUCCUGGUUUUCUCCCCUUCCAAGACUAGUCAGUGUUACCAACCGUGGGAGGGACAGCUCGGGGAGUGUGCCAAGUGGCUGGCAUGGAGGGAAACACCGGUGGGAGACUCUUCUGCAGAAGUCAUCACUGCAGAUGAGAAAGGUGACAUGGUGCACAUCAGUGGAGAAGCGGCGCGUGCCUACCAUCCCUCGAUGGGUCUGAAGAGUGUGUACAGAAACUUGCUGUUGCUUAAUAAGGAGCUGCUGCUGGUGGUUGACCACAUCGAGGUGACCCCAGAGAGCCGUCUCAAGCAGACAGCUGCAUUCUUCCACAACAUGGACAAAAUAUUCCAAACCUACAAGUUCAGCCACUACAGAGGAGCCAAGGUGGAAACACCGGUGGGAGACCUGCGGAUGUUUUGGGUUAGUGAUAACGGGGACACGCCCUGGCCGAUGUUGGAAACGGAGCAGUACCCGGCAGAGUACCAGAGAAGAAUCACACAUUACGUCAACAUCACCAUGUCCCUGUCCAGGCCUACCACCCGUAUUGCCUAUGUUCUCAUGGGACCCAACCUCAAGAUGGAGGAAUUCAAGUUCUCUGCCAGUGACCGAGAUGGAGUACAAAUGAUGCUCAGGGCAAAUGGAUCGGUCUACCAUGUAUCCAUGGCAACCAGGCACCAGGAUCCUGUUGCCAGGGCAACAUACUUAGGAUUCCCUGGUCAUGCUCAGGUAGUUAAGGAUGGGAGGAAGGUGAAGUUUGGGGUGAAAGAAUCUGAAAUGACUCUGCCAGGAGCAACAACUGAGAAACCCUUUCAGCUUGGGGUGUCCUUUAAUGUGUUCUUCGUCAUCACCCUUAUUUCAAUUUCCCUCGUCAUAGUCUUGAGGCAAAUGCUGAACUCCCAUCAAACGACAGUAUUUCACUAUGUUUUCCUCACCCUUGUCAUCCUAUGGCUUAUGUGUAUCAUUGCUGUGUGGACAGUUUGUCCUGUGUCAAUCUGUCCCUCUUCUGAUGAUACAAGUACUGAAAGUCUCAAAGAGUUGUCAGUCAAGGACACCACCCUUCCAAGAGUUGUCAUAACCUCCCUGCCAGGGUCAGGGAGCGAUCUCCUCAGCCAAAUGUUUAUGGAAAAUCCAGACUUCUUGUACAUCCAGGUACCCUCCAAGUAUGUCGGUGUUCCAAGAGUGGAGUUUGAAGCUGGUUCAUUUCUGGAUGCAUGUGAGUGGCUGACGUCCGAUGCAGCUUCCCAAAGGUUUCCUCUGCUCGAGGGAUGGUUCCAGUCUUUUACAAGAGAUCCUAUGCUGCAUCUGCACAGGCAACAGAUCAGGCAUCCAGUGGGGCGUAAGUUACAGGGCGAGGGGUUCAAGAAUUGGUUCAAAGAAACAAAACACCUUGCAAAUUCAGGAGGAACUCAAAAGGGAGUCAAAAAGAGAAGCGUUAAAAAGAAACCAACCAAGAAUGUGGAAAAGCAAAAGCAAAAGGAGUCAGAAGUAUCUAAUUUAAGAAAAAGUGAGGGGGAACAAGGAAAAAUGGCAAGAUCUACUGCUGAUGCUUAUGAAAAUGAGCUUACAGGUUUGUUACAGAGACUUGAUGACUUCCCCAAUGCCCAAGCUGUGGUGCAUUUAGGCAGUGGGAGUUGGACAUUGAAAAUGCAGUGGAUAUACAGUGUGCUGAAGUCCCAGAGCAGGAUCAUACAUGUGGUCAGAGACCCCAGGGCAUGGGUACAUGCUAUGAUGGCAAAGCAGUCUCUAAUGUACAAGGAGAAACGAAUUCAGGACCAGGUCAUCUCCAUGUUUCAGAAUGACAACAAGUGUGGUUUGGAGACUGGCUAUGCAUUCGAGUUUGAAAAGUUGCGUCUAGCUAUAGUAGAUGGCAAGCUGCCACCCCACAAACUCCUGGCCCACGUGUGGGCUGCCAACAUGGCCGCUUACAUCUGA